AUGUCGCAUUUACUUACGAAAAGCGGUUUAUCACAGGAUGAGAAACUACUAAUGCCAUUCACAUACAUCCAACAAGUGCCAGGAAAGCAGAUAAGAGCUAAAUUAACUGUAGCCUUUAAUUAUUGGCUUCGGGUGAGUGAUGAAAAAUUAAAGGCUGUUGGAGAGAUUGUUCAAAUGCUGCACAACUCCAGUUUACUAUUGGAUGACAUAGAAGACAAUUCAAUUCUGAGGCGAGGCAUUCCAGUAGCACAUUCUAUAUACGGAGUGGCUAGUACAAUUAAUGCAGCCAAUUAUGUUAUGAUAGUUGCACUUGACAAGACAUUGAAAUUAGGGCACCCUUUGGCAACUACGGUAUACACUGAACAGUUACUAGAACUACAUCGUGGUCAGGGCAUGGAGAUAUAUUGGAGAGAUAAUUUUCAGUGCCCGUCUGAGGACGAAUAUAAAGAGAUGACUAUGAAAAAGACGGGAGGUCUAUUUAUGCUGGCCAUUCGAUUGAUGCAGCUCUUCUCCGAGAACAAGUCGGACUUCAGCCGACUCUCAUCUAUCCUUGGCCUUUACUUUCAGAUUAGAGAUGAUUACUGUAAUCUCUGUUUGCAAGAGUACUCCGAGAAUAAAAGCUACUGUGAAGAUCUGACGGAAGGGAAAUUCAGUUUUCCGGUCAUUCACGCGAUCCGAAACCAGGAAGGCGACAAUCAAGUAUUGCACAUACUCCGUCAACGCACCCGUGACGUGGAAGUGAAGCGGUACUGCAUCAAACUGCUGGAAAAAUGUGGUAGCUUCCAGCAUACCAGAGAUACCCUUAUUGCGCUGGACCGAGAAGCAAGGGCUGAGGUGGCCCGUUUAGGAGGAAACCCGCAUUUAGAAGAACUACUUGAUGAGCUCCUAAGUUGGCAGUCAAACAAAAAAUAG